AUGGCAACUCAAUACGAAGUCGAGCACAAUGUGCAAUUCGCCGAGCCCCGCCGCGGCCGCCGUGUCGACAUGGCGUCCUUCUUCUCGCUGCUCAACCGCGUCGCCGAGACGCCCGCCUCGGCCGCCACGCCCGCGCACAACCCGCACGCGACGCCCACGCCCGCCGACACGGCCGACCUCUUCCGCAUGCUGCAGGACCAGCUCCUCACGCUGCACACCACGGCGCCCACGACGGACAACCGCGCGUUCCUAGAGCAGCUAAUCUCCUCGCUCGACGACGAGAUCCAGGACCCGCCGGCGUCGCUCAAGGGCGUCUCGCAGGAGUUUGUCGACGGCCUGGACCGCGUGAGCCGCAAGACGCUCGACGAGGACGACGACUGCGCCAUCUGCAAGAUUCCGUACCUCGAGGACGAGUGGUGCCUGGUGGUGGAGCUGCCGUGCAAGGGACGCCACCAGUUUGACCUCGAGUGCGUCGGGCCGUGGCUGCGCAGCGUGGGGACAUGUCCGAUGUGUCGCGAGGAAAUGAUGAAGAAAAAGGAGAUUCUGGUGGUGGAAGACGAUGACGAGGAAGAGGACGGCGACAUGAUGUAUGCAUAG